AUGUUACCAUUCCGUAAAGUUUUAAAACCCUUAAAAUUUAAUCAAAACGUUGUAAUACCAAAAGGAACAAGUCUUUCGUUGAAUAUCUGGCAAGUUCAUAAAAAUUCAGAUCUUUGGAGAGAUGAGUUUAUGCCUGAAAGAUUUAUGAAUCAAGACGAUAAAGAAAAUUGGAUUCCUUUCUCUAGUGGGCAUAGAAAUUGCAUUGGACAAAAUUUUUCAAUAAUGGAACAAACAGUUAUUACUGCAAUGAUACUACUUAAUUUUGAGCUAUCUUUGCCCCCGGAUGGUCAAAAGUUUGAUAAAAUGCCAUUAAGAAGUUCUUUUUAUACUCUAAAUCCUAAAGAUAUAAAAGUUAUAUUUUCUAAAUUAAAGAUGAUUGUUGAA